GUGACGGUGGAAAGGGCGAACAAGUUGCGCGAUGCAGAUUGGGCUCCGGGUGGGGGAUCUUCGGACCCCUAUUGUGUCGUGGCGGUGCGGGGCAAGGGCAAGUCCAGCUUCAAGACGAAGGUCGUGCAGAACAAUCGGGAUCCAGUCUGGAAUCACACCGCCAAGAUCAACGACAUGCAUGAUGGUGACGAACUUUGCUUCGAGAUUCUGGAUCACGAUGUGGUUGGAAAGCACGAUUCUCUUGGCAUCGCAUCUAUAGGCUGGGAGGAGCUCCAAGAGGACGGCGCCCAGAGCUUCCUCCUCCCGCUGGAGAGCACCGGCAAGAAGAAGGCCAACAAGGAUUCGGUCAUCUCUGUCAAAGUGACAGUGGCCAAAAGGAAGCUCGAGAUGGGCAAUACUUUGACGACGCACCUCGAGGGCAUGUACAAGUUGCAAGUCAACAUCAUAUCUGCUCGUAAUCUACGAAACGCUGACCACUUCAUGGGCGGCGGGAGUUCCGAUCCGUAUUGCAAGUGCUACGUCAAGGGGACGGGCAAGACUCAGUAUACGACCAGGACCAUCAACGAUAAGACCAGUCCGGAGUGGAAUGAGCAACUUGUGGUUCCAGACUUCUACAAGGAUGACAAGCUGAUGUUCGAGAUCUACGACAAGGAUGUGGGGAAAAAGGACGACUUCUUGGGUAAGGCUGAAAUUCCCUUCUCGCAGGUCGCCGCUCAUG